AUGGACGCUGAAAUCUUGCAAGGCCCAGACUGUGUCAAAGGCAAGCAAACCAUCAAAGAAAGCAAAGGCCACUUAGAGCGCCAGAAGCGCGCAACCUGGGAUGAAGUUUCCCGCAUCCGAAUUGAAGCAGAUGACCUUGAAAACAAGCGUCGCCAAAAAGAAGACAAGCGAAGGGUUGAUCGUUACCAAAUGAUCCGCAAUGAGACCAUUCAAAGCUCUACAAAAAAUGAAGCAGCCCAAAUCAUAAUCUUAAUCUUUAAUUAACUUAAUGUAGCUCGACCAUAUUUCAGCCUCUGGAUUAAUGCCGAAAGAUCUAUUUUCCGUCGGGUUUUCGCUACUCCUAAUUGCACAUGGCUUAUCGACAGGAAUUGCUCCUUCUAGCUCCCUUGAAGCCAUUUGAGAGCCCAGAAAUCCCGGGACCACCAACGGCUUGGCCCGAUGUGUUGCUAAAUCCGACUUUUCUCCAGUGCCUGCUCAGCCUAAGGGUCCUGUCUUUAAUGCCAGCAGGGGAAGAGUUAAAGCACGUUACACAAUGCUGGCGAGAUAAAAGUCCAUACAAUUUAGCCACCUUUGUGCAGAAUUCCACAUGAAAAACCUAAAUCAAGAGUAAUAAAAGCUGGGUGAGGGGAAAAGGAAUUCGCAGAGCGAAUCACCUUUUCAUCCAAAUCCAUUUUAUUAUUCUCGAAGCGGCCCAAAUCAAAUGGGACGACUUAUUAAGCCUUGAAAACUGCGAAGAGCUUUUUGAGAAAAUCCAAGAACAAAAGCGAGAAUGCAUGGACAUCAUAGAAACCAAGCAAAAACUUAUAGAGGAAUUCAUAGAAGAGCUUAAAGAAAAAGACGCUUUUUAUGUGAAGUCUUUGGCAAAACAAGAAGAAGAUAUUGAUAAAAUCAUCGAACUCAUGAGAAAGCAAUACACGACUAUGAGAGAUGAGUAUGCCACACAAUUGCAAGUAAUUGAAGAUGCGUUUUUAGCUGAAAGAGCCGAAUUGCUUAAUGCAAAUAGACAGGAAAUUGAUGAGCUGUUUAAGAGGCACAGAGAAUUAGAAGAAAAGUACAAUUAUGACCGCCUGGCAAUGGAAGAAGCUAAUGCAGACGAGCUCGAAAAUAAGAGAGAAGAUGACGCCAAUAAUCUGCAACGCACAAAAGUGUCAGUAGAAAACAAUUUGCAAGCUUUGGAAACUUAUAUGGAAGAAAUGAAAGCUGUUUAUCAGCUGAAUCUGGAAAAACUCUCUUAUAAUGUAAAAAUUCUGCAAGAAAGAGCUAGUGAAAAUGAAACUACAAUCAGUGAUUUGACUAGAAGGAAGCGAAAUUUAAAGACAAGCUACCUGAAUUUAAACGCAAAAGUAGAGAAAAAAGAAGAAGAAUUUAUGAGGGCCAAUGCAGCGCUAACUGAUAAGUUCAAAAAAAUGUCAAAAGCGUUUAACGAACUAAGGAAAAAAUUCAGGCACUUUGAAAAAGCAGAUACACAGAGGUUUAAUGAAAUCUGGGCUAUGAAUGAAGCAGAAGUAAAAGAUUUAGCAAGCAAAGUACUGAAAUGUGACAAAAUCAUAUAUGAGCAGCAGCUAGGGCUACAAUGGGCGCCUCCUGAAGAUUCAUCUUUAAAUAUUGACAUAGGGAGUGUCAGUGAACAUUCUUCAAAAGUAAAAGAAGACUCAGUAAGCAAGCAGCCCAGCACUAUUCAAGUUUCUAUGGGAAAAAUCAAACAAGUAUUUUCAAUGCUUGUAAGCGAAUGCUCUUUCUUAUUAGAAGAUAAAGUCAGAGAUCAAUGCAUCGGAAAAUCAGAAAAAGAACAAUUUACCUUAAAAAUCGACUCAAUAAGGAAAACUCUUGGAAUCGAGACAAUGGACGAUGUACAAACACUGAUAAACUUGUUUUAUGAUCAGUCUUCUAAUAGAAGAGAUGAGCUUUAUGAAAGCGAUUUAGACCCAGGAGAAAGCAUAGAUCCUGACAUUUUGAUGGUUCACCCUGACCAAGUCAUUGAAAUAUUAAAUGAAUUCAAUGAAGUUAAAAAUGAAAGAAAAGGAGGAGGCUCAGUCAAUAAAGGAAAUGAAGCUAGUGCACUUUCAAUGAAAUCUAUGUCAGCGAACACAGAAAAAGAAAGGAGGGCGAAAAUAUUAGAAGACGAAAAAAAGCAUUGGGAAAAUUUAGGGAAUAUUUUGGCUGAAAAACAUUUAAGGGUAUGGAAAGCACUUGAAAGAGCUUUCCAGCUUUAUUAUACGCUGCUUCAGGAUAGACAGAAUUUAGUAGAAGAGACUGGAGUUUUACAUCAGCAGAAUGAAGAGCUGAAAUCACUAUUGCAGCAAUAUUUACAAGCAGGGGUAAACCAAGAGCUGCAAGUGCCUCCAACACAGAUGUUGAGAAUUGGAGAAGAUGAAGAAGAUUAA